GAGCAGAGGCGCUGAGAAUGAUGGACCAUCUCAGCCAGGCGUGCCUGGGCAAGGAGAAAUCCGACCUGGUCAACAGCAUGGCGGAGCCAAAGUCCCCGCCGGGCAAGUUGUCCCGGCUGGAGCAAAACGGCAGCCCCCUUGGCCUGGCCAGGCUGGGCAGCACGGGGGCCAAACUAGCCGGCGUCCCGUACAAACCCACCGGCCACCUGCUGAAGACCUGCCACAAGAGAGGCAACAUGCUGCCCGUGUUCUGCGUGGUGGAGCACUACGAGAACCCCAUGGACUUCGACAGCAAGGAGGAGCACGCCGAGUUCGUCCUGGUGCGCAAGGACAUGCUCUUCAACCAGCUCAUCGAGAUGGCGCUGCUGUCGCUGGGUUACUCCCACAGCUCGGCGGCCCAGGCCAAAGGUAUGAUUCAGGUGGGGAAGUGGAACCCCGUCCCCCUGUCGUACGUGACAGACGCACCGGACGCUACGGUGGCCGACAUGCUGCAGGACGUCUACCACGUGGUCACGCUUAAGAUCCAGCUGCACAGUUGUCCUAAGCUGGAGGACCUGCCGCGCGAGCAAUGGAGCCACUCUACAGUAAGAAACGCCCUCAAGGAGUUACUCAAAGACAUGAAUCAGAGCUCUCUGGCUAAAGAAUGUCCCUUAUCACAGAGUAUGAUUUCCUCCAUUGUGAACAGCACUUACUAUGCAAAUGUGUCGGCGGCAAAGUGUCAGGAAUUUGGGCGCUGGUAUAAACAUUUCAAGAAGACAAAAGAUAUGAUGGGCAUGCGCCAACCGUCCCAGCUGGAGGGCUACCUGGGGACGUGUGUCCUCCGCGAGAGCCCGCGUGCCAAUGCACUAGAGAUGGACGGCCUGUCCGACCUCUCUCCACCCGGCUCCAACCACAGCCACAACCACAACCACAACCACCUGGGCUUCUCCCAGCAGCAGCAGCCCAUCCCCGGCAGCACGGCCGAGCAGACCCCCUCCUCGCCCGUGCCCCCGUUGCCCCACGCCCCGCCGCAGCACGCCGGCCAGCCCGGCGGCGGCCGACAGCCCCAGCUGCCCGGCAUGCACCACCCGGGCCUGGUGUCCACGCCCAUCAGCCCCCAGCUGGUCAACCAGCAGCUGGUGAUGGCGCAGAUCCUCAACCAGCAGUACGCGGUGAACCGGCUGCUGGCGCAGCAGUCCCUGUCGCAGCAGUACCUCAACCACCCGCCGGUCAACCGCAACUCCCACAACAAGCCCAUGGAGCCGCAGGUGUCCUCCAACACCGAGGUGUCCAUGGAGAUCUACCAGUGGGUGAGGGACGAGCUGAAGCGGGCCGGCAUCUCGCAGGCCGUCUUCGCCCGCGUGGCCUUCAACAGAACCCAGGGUCUGCUGUCCGAGAUUCUCCGCAAGGAGGAGGACCCCAAGACAGCCUCCCAGUCGCUGCUGGUCAACCUGCGCGCCAUGCAGAACUUCCUGCAGCUGCCGGAGGCCGAGCGCGAUCGCAUCUACCAGGAGGAGAGGGAGCGCAGCCUGACGGCAGCCUCGGCCAUGGGCGCCCCCCCGCUCAUCAGCACCCCGCCCAUCCGACCAGUACAGCAGCCCCGGAGGGAAGACUGUAGCAGCGUGAGGCCCGAGGACUGGAAUCCCAGGAUCCCCGUGGGCCUGUCCCCUGUGAAACCGUCGCCUCUGCCCAGCGAGUGGAACGGCAAGACGGAGAGCUGCAUCCUCAACAUCAACUCCACCAUCUACGACGAGAUCCAGCAGGAGAUGAAGAGGGCCAAAGUGUCCCAGGCGCUGUUCGCCAAGGUGGCCGCCUCCAAGAGCCAGGGCUGGCUCUGUGAGCUGCUGCGCUGGAAGGAGGAUCCGUCUCCGGAGAACCGCACGCUGUGGGAGAACCUCUCCAUGAUCCGCCGCUUCCUCAGCCUCUGCCAGGCCGAGCGCGACGCCAUCUACGAGCAGGAGAGCAGCGCCGGGCAGCAGCACCACAGCGAGCGCCCGACGCACCUGAUGCACAUCUCCGCCGAGCUGCCGCAGGCUCAGCAGCAGCAGCAGCACCAUCAGCAGCACCAUCAGCAGCAGUCCUCCCUGUCCCUGCAGCACCCCUCCCAACCCCUUUUGUCCCAGCAGCCCUUGCAGCAGCUGCAGUCCUGCACGGGCCCCCGCCUGCCGCCCCGACAGCCCUCCACCGCCUCCCCGGCGGAGAUGGAGGAGGAGGGCGGCCGCCUAGGGAGCAUCAAGGCCCGCACCUGCGGAGGGAAGAUCUCCCUGGAGGCCCUGGGCAUCCUGCAGAGCUUCAUCCAGGACGUGGGCCUGUACCCGGACGAGGAGGCCAUCCACACCCUGUCGGCACAGCUGGACCUGCCCAAGCUCACCAUCAUCAAGUUCUUCCAGAACCAGCGCUUCUACGUCAAUCACCCGGCCAAGGCGGCCAAGGAGCCCAGCGGCGGCAACAGCAACAACAACAACAACAACAACAGCAGCAGCAGCACCACCAGCAGCAGCAGCAGCAGCCCGGCCUUCGAGGAGGAGCUGACGGACUUCAGGGAGAGCGGAGAGCUGCUGAAGGAGCUGGACGACAGCACGCAGACCAACAGCACCAUCUUCUCCAUCAAGAUCGAGGAGCAGCUGGCCCGAGGCGCCGAGGCCCAGUCAGAGCACGAGGCCAAGGAGUAGGACGCACCCACAUACACGCCCCCCCCGUCUGAACAUGUACUGAGAGCUCCUGUUGUGCGCGCACACACACACACACACACACACACACACACACACACAGACGGCUGUGCUAAAUGGAAACGCUCCGGCCGACAUAGAACCGCCGCACUGCAAAUAAAGAAAAGUGGUGUUUUUAAUCAGCGUCUGGACUAUAUGAGGAGUGAUUAUAUAUAUAUAUCUCUAUAUAUAUAUAUUACUGUCAGACUCUGAAGUGUUGACCACACUGGAAAGCCCAUUUCAGACAAGUACUACUUUUUCGAUUUUGUAAAACUUGUAUUAUUCACUGUAAAGACUGAUGCAUCUCUUAAAUAAUCUGCACACAAAAAAUGAUUCUAAUUACGUUGCCGUGGAUAUUUGCUGACUGCACUCUGUCUGUUGUUUUACACUGACUUACUUUAACUUUUUGAGCUACUGACUAUAUUUAAGUAAAAAAGAAGAAAAAAAAAGUCUCUCUGGAGUUUGCUAGGACUUUGAUUGGUGUUUACGUAUGUGAUGUUCAACUGGAUUAAAAAAAACAAAAUCAUUAAUGAAAUCAAGGACCAAGUGGUUGACAAGGCCUUAAUUAUGAGGCGUCGAGUCCGGAGCCUGCAGGCAGAUUAGUUAUUCUUUUAAAAAGCUCAUAAUGUGAUUAUGGAACGCCAUCACCUGGCGCAGGUGACUCCCUGAGAAUAGCUCAGUCUUUACAUAUUAUUUGUUCGGGAGGAAAUAUAAAUAUAUAUAUAUAAAGACAUUAUAUUGUAACUGUUAAAAAAAAAAAAAAAAAAAAGAUACAGUCUUAAAGAAACUAUGCCAACAAAUGCCUUGUACUAUACGGCACUGCCGAAGUUAGAUUAUUUUGCAAAACCUUUGUCACUGUAACUCUGAAUUGCCACAGUUAGAAAUGUGAAUUUCACCAUGUUUAUGUUGUCCAACAUUAUUUAUUUGCAGUUCAUGCAGGGUUUCUGAUGUAAUUAUUUUAUUUUAAAAUGUUUAUGUUCCGUAGAGCUUCAUUUUUUUAUUUUAUUUGACAGAACUUUCCUUUUCUAUUUAUAAAUGUGAUUCUCGAUGGGCAGUAAAAACAAAAAGUGUCUUAAACGUUUUAAAUGGAGAAAUGUGCUUUAAAGGUUGCCUAUAAAAAGUGCUGUAUGUUGAGCAACUCAUGCUACAAGCUUCACAAUUAAUGUUGUAUGCAAUUUUUACUAUCAUGCAAAUAAGCUUAGGUAAAACGACUCGCUGAGACUAACCUAUAGAACACCUUAGAGAGAAAAACAUAUGCAAUCUGUGUGAAAAUCGAUGUCUGCGAUGUGUCUUCCUUUGGUUAACAAUCCAAUUCAAAAAACUAUUCCUGUAUAAAUAUUCUGUGUAAAAAGUGUUUCUUUUUUUUAUCAGUUUAUUUCAAGGAGAACACCAGUUAUUUUGUUACGAUUGACUGUUUUAUAAGUGUUUAAGGGUUCCUUUCUGCAGACAUGUUCUAACUAGAAGUGGUUAUUGAUUGUUAAUUACACAAUUAAACUGUUUGUAUUGUACCACA